AUGGCCACCUCUGAAAAUCCUGCUCGCAAGAGCUUGAUCCUCAAUGCCUUCGUCGAGAUGUGUAGCGGCCAUCAAUCGCCCGGUCUAUGGCGACACCCCAACGACGAAUCCUGGCGCUUCAACGACGUCCACCACUGGAUUGAGCUCGCAAAGCUUCUUGAGGAGGCAAAAUUCCACGGAAUAUUCAUUGCUGAUGUUCUAGGCGGAUAUGAUGUGUACAAGGGACCGCGUAAUCUCGAUCCUGCGAUUAUCUCUGGCGCGCAAUGGCCUGUAAAUGAGCCUCUCUCUGUCGUCCCUGCUAUGGCUGCCGCAACGAAGAAUAUUGGUUUUGGUGUGACUGUUGCUACGACGUAUGAGCAGCCAUACCAUCUGGCCAGGAGACUUUCGACUGUCGACCACCUGACGAACGGCCGAAUUGGUUGGAAUAUUGUCACAGGUUAUCUCGAUUCGGCAGCUCGCAAUUUAGGACGGUUCGAACAGCCUCAGCACGACGACCGAUACGCGAUUGCCGAAGAAUACGUCAAAAUUACCUACAAACUGUGGGAAUCUUCCUGGCGUGAUGACGCCGUCGUGCGUGAUCGCGAGCGCGGCGUCUACACCGAGCCCUCGCGAGUCCGUCUCAUCAACCAUGAAGGCAAAUACUACACCGUGCCAGGUCCGCACAUCUGUCAACCAAGUCCACAACGCACACCUCUAAUCCUACAGGCUGGGACAUCCAAAGCAGGAAAAUCAUUCGCUGCCCACCACGCCGAAGCCAUUUUCGUCGCAGGCCACAGCCCCUCCGUAGUAUCAAAAAACAUAGCAGAGAUUCGGGAACUUGCGAGGACAGAGUUCGGGCGUGAUCCGCGUAGUCUCAAAUUUCUUGCCCUUUUCUGCCCGGUCCUCGGACGCACAGAAGAAGAAGCGCAGAAGAAAUUCGACGAUUACCGUAACAUCGGAUCCAUAGAAGGCGCGUUGGCCCUGUUCGGCGGGUGGACAGGGAUCGAUUUGAACCAGUACGACGAUGACCAGGAAUUGAGACAUGUCGAGAGCAAUGCAAUCAGAUCUGCUGUUGAAGCCUGGUCCAAGGCAUCACCCGGUGUGGUGAAGUGGACUAAGGUAACUGUUGCACAACAUAUUACUGUUGGAGGACUGGGAACGACGUCGGUAGGCACACCAAAGCAGGUUGCAGAUGAAUUGGAGAGAUGGGUUGCAGAGGCAGAUGUCGAUGGAUUCAAUUUUGCAUACGCACUUAAGCCCGGCUCCUUUGUUGAUAUUAUCGAGCUCUUACUUCCAGAACUACGCAAACGCGGCUUGUUCUGGAAUGACUAUGCAGUCGAUGGGGGAACAUACCGAGAGAAUUUUUACGGUACGAAGGGGCAGUCUGGCCCGCUGGAGGAGCAUCCGGCGGCUAAGUAUAGGUGGAAAGCAGGCAUUGGUGCUGCGGAUCAUAAGAUUCCUGAAGAGUGA